AACUAUUAUUCGUUUAGAAACUAUAAUAUGAAACCAUUGGUUCGACAUCACGACUAUCUAAGAUUCAUAACUUGAAAACAAACAAAUAAUAGUAAUUUUUGAUUAUCACAGGAAAAAAAUCAAACAUUUUAACCGAACAAACCAAAUAAAUAUUGAUUUAAAAUGAUAGUUAUAUUUUAGGAGAUUAAAAAUAAAAAUAAAACAACCUAAAACCGAAUGAUAUCCAAAUUAAACAGAUUAAUGUCUCCAUAUUAAGAAAUAACGAAACUAAUAAUCACAUUCCGCAAGGCGCAGAUUAUUACCUAGUGUGAAACUAAAAAGAGAGAGGGAGAAUAGAAAAAGUGACAGCUCAUGAGCGUUUUACUAUAGAUAAAGAGCUUUUUUAAAGUUUUCACUCGGUUUAAAAAAACAUUUACACAAAGGGUAAGCGACAUAAGAUCAUGAUUAUCGGGAUUGUUUAACUGGGUUGCUUAAAUUAAUUUUGAUUAAAAAAAAAAAGAAAAUUGCCUUUUAAACGAAGCAGCUUUGCUUAAUUAGGAGGAGGAAGAACCAGCGCUUAUGAAACACGCGUCAGACACAGAAGUCUCCUCCUCUCUCUCAUCUCUAUAAUUCCAAAACGUGUGAGAUUGAUCUCGAACGGGAGAUUCGAUAUGGUACAGUCCAUGUUUAGAACAACAAGGAGUCUUUUGUAAUCACUCCCAACAUCUUCACUUGUAAUCUCCUCGUGAAAGCUUUGUGUAAGAAGAACGAUGUGGAGAGUGCCUACAAGGUGCUCGACGAAAUUCCCGAGAUGGGUCUGGUGAAGAAACUCUCAGCGACAAGAAAAACGCCCUUGGGUACUCCGGGACAGCCUGUUUAGGGUGUGACUGCUGCGAGAUAACCGGGGUGGAUGCGAAGAUGAAAGAUGGAGUCUUGAGGAUGAUUGUGUCUAGGGUCAAAGUCAAAGACCAUGACAACAAGUGUACUCUCUUUCUCCCUCCCAACACAGGCGUUUGUGGUGAUGAUAUGCUGGUGCUUCCCAAUGAGAACGAAGUCAAGUUCUAUGGUGAGAACAAGGAGGUGUGUGAGCACGAUGAGAGUUGCCGUAUCUUCAUGGGAGCCGUCAAGGGUUCUAGCUUUUGUGCUCCUGGAGUUCCACCUUUGAGCCACGACAUCGCUUGGGAUGCUGAGUUUGGUGUUCUCAAAGUGCGUGUCUCACCUCCUGGCAGCAACAUCAGCAGCGAGUAGUCAUGCUCUCAUCUCAUCUCUCUAUUUUGUGUCUUUCAUUUCAAAUGUCUAUCUUGUUUUAGUUUGGGAGAACUUUUGAUUCGCUACCAAGUCUUCAUGUUUUAAGCUGUGACAGUUAUGUGUGGUUUUUCGGAUGGCUUGCUUGCUGUCUACGUAUCACUUCCACACUCAAAACUAAAUGGGAUUGGAAUUCAAACCUAUAAUGUGUGCAAAGCUAUUGUAGUAAUACUAUUGAACAAAGGGCUAUAGUAACCUAAGGUCUUUGGAUAAGUCAUGAAUUUGUUAAGGUUGCUCGCUGGAACAGAGGUACACCGAGGAAGAAUGAAACAUCUAGUGCAGAGAAUUUUCCAGUUAGAAGCAAAACAUGAGAGAAAUGACCUGUGAAGAUUGAAUUGAAAAAAUAUGCACCAAAAUAUAACAACUGAGAAAGGAAAAGGCUGUAGGGGAACCUCAUGAGAAGUGUUUUCCUGAAGCAUUUUUAGAUCCAUGUUCUGAGGCUGAACUAUUAAUCUUGUCCAGUCCAAUUUAUGAAAACUCAAACCACUAUAUUCCACCACGUGACACGUCACGUCUAACUUGACAGUCAUAUGCUCAAUGUUAAUCUCCAGUAGUGGAACAUCAUUACUCCCUAAACGAAGAGCAUGUGACACGAAUGUAUUAUAGCCUCUCAGUUUUUAUCGACAAAACGUGAUUUGCUCCAAAGUGAAAGUAGAACACAGAGAAGUUCCAUUUGCCGAGAGAGUGGAACAUAAAAAAAAAAAAAAA